GUCGCUUGUCAGAUUCCCCAAUAGGCUUUUAUUUUCUCAAUUAUUUCAGUACUGGUCCAAUACAGUUUGCCGUUGCUAAGCAAGCAGUCGACAAUAACACAUUUGUUCAACUAACCUCGUCUUUAACCUAAUAACUUUAUAGGUACGCGUACAAUACGAGUUAUAAAAAAAUGUAUAAAAAAACUAAUUAUGAUUACGUGAAAAAGUGUAGAGCUCUGAAGAGGUUAAAACGCGACUCUUCGACAUCAUCGAAAUCAUCAUUAGAGUCCGCUGUUGAUUCUUGGAGCCUCAAGAAAAAACCUUAUAGCAUAGACAGGAUUGAUAAUUUAGAGUCGACUAAGACUACGAUUUCUCGUGAUAACAGUGUUUGCAGUAUCGACAGUUUGCAGUGUACGAAAAGUGAUGCUGAAAGUAAUAUUUGCAGUGUUGACACUUUAGAUUCUGCAAAAAGUAAUAAAAUUGCAGUAACUGAGAAAUCUCACAAUAUAAAGAUAGAGAUCGAAUGUCAAGAUAAAAAUAAUCUUACUUUGAAGGAAAAAUUACAAGACUGGUGCGUUAAUAAUAUAUUUACAUUAAGGAAUUCCACGACGUCUCAACUCUUGAAGAUUUUAUACUCUGAGGGACAUGACGAGUUACCAAGAACAGCCGAAACUUUACUUAAAACGAAGAAAUUUACAAACGAAACAAGAAUUAUAAAAACAGCUAAAUUAAAUAAUGGACUAUAUACGUAUUUUGGAAUCGCCGAAGUUUUAACUCUGAUGAUAGAUCCUGAAAUUUAUAAUGAUGAUCAAAUCGAAAUUUUAGUUAACAUAGAUGGAAUGCCUAUAUACAAGUAUUCAGACAAACAAUUUUGGCCCAUAUUAAUGAAAAUUUACCAUAGAGAUUUUUUAUGUAAACCUGGAAUAGUUGCUCUUUAUUGUGGCGAUUCAAAGCCGUACUCCAUUAAUGAAUAUAUGCAUGAUUUCGUUGAAGAAACAAACAAAUUAAUGGAAAUCUGCGAACAGGGAACAUUAUUUUCCUCUGCAGGAUCGCGGCGUUAUGAUGGGUUAUUGUGUUAAUAAUUGCUGCAUUAUGACAGCCUGCGAAUUUUAUAUGUAAUUUAUGUAACACUAUGUAAAUUAUGUAUUUUCUGGAUUUCUGGAAUUCUGGAAAGAGGAAUAGUUAUCUCUAAUAAACAGUAUACUUUUGAUCUGAAA